AUGGCAGGCCGGCGGCCACUCGACCGGCCGAUUGACAAACUGCCAAACGUGGUCAAUGAGGUGGUUAUCACCACAGCCAAAGCCUUCCGGGCGGCGAGUCGAGAUGGUCGGGGGAAUCCUGCUGCUGCGGCAGCGACCAUUGAGACGCGAAUCCCCGAGUCUUUCGAGAAGUUCAACGCCCUGCUCGACGACCUUGAGUGUGAUCUUCUCCUGUCCAAAGCGGUGCUUGAGCGAGACCUCAAGGUCAUCAAGGCCAAACGUCAACCACCGCCACCGCCACCACAGCAGAAGCCGGUCGCUCCACCGGCCCCCAUGGUCGUCGAUCUGGAGUCGCCAAAGCUGACGGCCAAAACUGCGCUGGCUAGCCACGGGCCAUCGCCCUCCUUGAAGCAGGCGAACAAGCCGGUAGCUCCGUUUCCGAACAUGGAGUUUGAAGAUACGACGCUCAAGACCGCGGCGACGCCCAGCCCCAAGAUGGCCCACAAGCCCAAGGAGGUCAAGAACCUGGCCCGACCGGCCGCUGCAUCCCGGCCGGCCAGCGCUCCACCAAAGAACGAGCCCAAAGCAGCGCCGCCUCCUCAACCACACCGCCCAGGAGGGGUAGUGACAGCGCCCCAGACACCUCUCAACGCAGCGGCCCAGCUCAAAGCACCAAGUGCAGGCACAGGCGCGGGUGCAGCAAUGAGCAGACAAGCAUCCGCACCAGGCGCAGGCAAUGUUACGGGUGUAGCCCCCGCCAGUGGGAACCUAUUUACCGACAUGACCUUCUCACUAGCGCCUACGGCUGGUGACACGCCGCUGCAGAAGCAGGCGAUGACCCAGGCACAACGACGUGCAUCGCAGCAACAGCAGCAACAGCAGCAACAAACUCAACAGCAGCCGCUACCGGGGCCUAUCACGACGACCGUCAACCCCGGAACUGGGGUAGCCCCAGUGCCUAAGAUGGAGCCCUCCCCGGCCGCCGGGCCGGCGGACGUAGCCAACAUGGGCCUGGAUCUCUCUAGCGUGAAAGUGAACAAAACCCCCAACGACCUUACCGACGACCUCACCAACGUGGACGAGAAGAUUGACGGGCUGUUUGACUUGGGCCAAGGAGACAUGGACAACAUGGACCUCGAGUACGACCUCGGGAACGGGGAUAACAGCAACUUUAACGACCUCUAUUUUGGCUCGGGCGACAACAAUGUCGGGACAGGGGAGUUUGAUGAUGCCUUUUUCAACCUUGAAGGGUGA